AUGGAACAAGAUAUUUGUCCCAGUAACCCUUCUCGAAUUAAUUAUGAGGAAAUAAUUCAAUCGGUUCAUUUAGAUUAUCCGCAGUUAAUGAGGGCAGCUGACUAUGUCAAUGAGAUUGUCGAAGAGGAAAUUGCUCUCGGUAUUCCAGCAGAAAAAAUUGUCCUGGCUGGCUAUUCGCAGGGAGCUUUAUUAACCUUAGCCACCGCCUUAACCACUAAACACAGAUUAGUGGUGAGAAAAAGUCUAGAUUUAGAGUUAAACCUUUGGGAUGAUUACCCCAUAAUUGCUGGUGUUGACGAAGCUGGAAGAGGAGCAUUAGCGGGGCCAAUAGUAGUGGCUGCUGUCGUUGCAGUGGAAUACAGUGUUUCAUUUAAAAGUUCUCAGGAAGUAGAAGUAAAGAAUCCUUUAGGGGCAACAAAAGAAGCAAUGGUUGAAGUUAUUCUAAAACUACAAACUAAACCCAAUUUGUGUUUAAUUGAUGGCAAGGAAGAAGUAAAAAUAGAAGGAAUUAAAACAAUUAGUGUUAUUGGAGGUGAUCGUAAAUCGAUCAAUAUUGCGGCAGCUUCGAUUAUUGCUAAAGUUAUCCUGACCGAAGUCACUUACUUGCUAUUUUUCGCUAUGGAAUUUGCGACCUACACCGGAAAAGUUAUGAACCGAUAA